AUGAAUAUUAAUUCUCAUAAUAUUCAACAACGAUCAUACAUGAAUAACAAUGAUUUUGACGAAGUUUCUCGAUCGUUUCAUGGUCGAAAACUUCUUCAAAUUAAUAAUUCAUCUUCAUCAUUGAAUGUUUCUGAACCAACAUUCAUUGUUCUACUAUGUAUAAUACCAAUACUUACAAUAGUUCUUCUCAUAGCCAUUACUAUAUUUUGUUAUCGAUAUUAUUCUCAUCAUCAAACUAAACUAAAAAAUCGAUACAAGUAUGGUAAUAUAUUCCAAAACGUUUCAUCUAAACAGAAUUAUCAACAACCCAUUAUACCGAUAUCGAUGACACCAACAUCUGGAUCGGCAUAUUCUGUUCGAUCAACUGAACAGUUAUUUGCUAAUCGUCACGAACAUGAUCGAACGUCAUCAAUCGAUCAAUUACCAUCACGUCGUCUGCAACAAUCCAUGAUAGAUGCUUAUUUAAAUGAUUUACAUUCAUUUCAACCAUCACAAAUUACUGUUGAACAAUUAAAGUCCUAUUUAUUUGUUGAUCUUCAUUCAACAUCAAGUGAAACAUUGCCAGAUAACAUGUCAAAAGGAACUAGCGAUAACACAACCACUAUCAAUUUUGAUCGAUCAACACGAAAUGAAACUCAAAGAAAAAGACAUCAUGAAUAUCUCGCACAACAACAAGGUCGAUUUACUUCAAAAUUAAGACAGCCAUAUAAUUCUCGUUUUAUAAUUCGUGAACGAUUGUUACCUAAUAAUCUUCGUCAACUUCCACAACUUCGUCUACAGAGUACACAACAACAAGGAAACCUAUUUCGACGAGAUAAUAUCAAUGAGGGUACUAGUACUAUAGAUACAAUCGAUGAUUAUCAAGAUACAAAUGUUCAUCGUGUUGAUCAAAAUCAAAUCAUGCAAACAAUUGAAGAAGAAAAACCUUCGAUGGUCCCACAAUGUAUUCCUCGUUCUGUUCUACCUUCAUUGCAUCUUCAUUAUAAUCGAACACCAUAUUAUUUUGAAAAAGUUUCUACUUCGAAUGCCGAUGAUAGUGAUAUUGAAGUACCUUUUAAAACUUUUCCUUUUAUGAGUAAAAUAAUUAUUUAUACAAAUGACACAAUUAUUGUAUAA